AUGGCUCACAGCUUGGUGUGCCAUUUACCCAGCGACCAGGAUAGCAGUAGCAAAGAAACCAUGAUUAUCAACUCACUCAACCUCAACAUUUACUCUUCUCUUUCCAAAACCAAUCAGAUCAUGUCCAGAUACAGACCCAUCGCCCCCAAGCCUCAACUGUCCAUGCAUCAUCAUCCUAUAUUGGACAGCAUGUCCGCUCCUCCUCGGAGAGCCCAGCGCCAUCGUCAUUUAUUCAGAAACAACCUCUCCCCUCACCUGCCGACCAAGCCUUCCACGGGAUGCAAAAAGAGGACCAAAGCCAGAUUCUCACCUCGUACCCUCAAGAGAUUGAGUACAUCUCUCCCAGAGUUCUCGUCGUCAUCACCUCAUGCAGCACCUUCUCCCUCUUCGCCGUCAUCAUCCCUGGCUGGAAAAGCCGACCUCAGCAGAUCGAUGCAGCAGGGUUUUCCUCGUGUACUCCCUGGGGUCACAAUUUCAAGGGCCGGGUUCGAUGGGUCAGUGGAGAAGCCUACCAGUGGAUCCACGUCCAGCAAUCUGGUCACUCUCCUCCUUCCACAUCCUUCCACCGUUGCCCCAGACAGUAUAUCAGCCAGAUCCAUACCGGCACCGAACCACUACCACUCGGAGUUUGUCGAUGAUGAGGAAGUUUUGGACCUCAAUUCCCCUCCAAGUGAAAUUCCACUAGAGAAGGACCUGCUGCAGAAGCUGCAGGCACCCUUGCUUUGCAGCAAGGUCAUAGUACCACAGCCCGUAAGACCCAUAGGAUCGAGCAUAAGCGUUGGAUGCAUCAGUGAGGAUCCCAGCUCAAGCAGCUCAACCUUGCGUGCCAUGCGUGGUGCCCCAAAGAGACCCGAGGAGGUGGAGGAAGAGGUGGAGUCCGAGUCACUGCCAGCCGUCAUCUCGGAUUCUAACAACAGGGUCAGGGUGGCAAACUCAGCCUACAAGAAGAUGGUGGGGCAGCCAGAAUGCUCUUGGCUUGACGCUACUUACGAUGGGCAGCUGAGGGGCUGUACAUCCAAGAGGAUCAGUGGAAAGGUGAUGCUGCACCUCUCAGAUACUACGGCCGUGCCACCUGCUUCAAAUGGUUUUUCCUGCAUGGUUAGGAUAGAACGGGGAAGCGACGAGAAGAAAUCCACUAUCAAUGCCCCCUGUGAUGUCAUUAGACAAUCCUGUCUCUCUAAGGACUAUCUCUUCACUUGGAGAUUCCAUACCAGAGAGGCUUAUGAGGACUGA